AGGGGACCAAACGGACAACGCAACGGUCAACGCAUUUCGUAUAUACAUUUCCCAUCAACCAUCACAUCCCGUCUACUGAUGACAAUAGAUACACCUGGCUCAUCUGCAGAGUCGCCUAGACCGCUUAGGGUCGCUUUCAUUCAUCCGGACCUCGGCAUCGGCGGCGCAGAAAGGCUUGUUGUCGAUGCAGCAGUCGGCCUUCAGAACCUUGGCCACAAGGUCGUCAUGUAUACCUCUCACCACGAUACCGCGCACUGUUUUGAAGAGACACGCGAUGGUACAUUGACUGUACGCAUUGGCGGUAACACGAUCGUUCCUCGGACGAUCCUCGGUCGUUGUUAUAUCAUUUGUGCCAUCCUCAGAAACCUUCAUCUGGCUGUAACCAUGUGGUUGCUCAACAGCGCUGCGCCAGAGAAUGAAAAGCUCGAUGUCAUCAUAGUCGAUCAGCUCUCGGUGUCGAUUCCGUUAUUAAGAUGGACGGGCGCGAAGAUCUUUUUCUACUGUCAUUUCCCCGACAAGUUGUUAACCAAGCGCGAGUCCUUGCUUAAAAAGGUUUAUCGAAUGCCUGUGGAUCUCAUCGAGGAGCUUACCACAGGCAUGGCAGAUGCGAUUGUGGUCAACAGCAAGUUCACAGCCGACAUCUUCAAAAAGUCCUUCAAGAUGCUUCACCAAGUGCCUGAUGUUCUCUAUCCAAGUAUUCAAUUCGACAAGUUCGACAGGACAGUGGAUCAGGAUUUACCAGAAGUCAAAGUUUUGACAGCAAUUAACAAGAUUACAUUUCUGUCGAUCAAUCGCUAUGAGCGCAAGAAGGACAUCAGGCUUGCCAUUCAUGCAUUUGCACGACUUCUUCAAGACAACAGCAAGAAUGACAUCAGCACAGUUCAGUCCCUUCGGUUGGUCAUUGCAGGAGGAUACGACACCCGAGUGACUGAGAAUGUGGAGUACCAUAAGGAGCUAGUUCAGUUGGCAGAGCAGAAGUAUGGUCUCCGGACUUGGACGCUCUCAUCUGGACAGUCGGACAAGGCAGUUCCAGAAAGCACACAAGUCUUGUUUCUGCAGUCAAUCUCGGAUGUUCAAAAGCUGUAUCUUUUGCAGACGGCUCGUGCUUUGUUAUACACGCCGACAAACGAACAUUUUGGGAUCGUGCCUGUGGAGGCCAUGUAUAUGAGGUGCCCCGUCAUUGCCGUCAACUCGGGAGGACCUACAGAGUCGAUCUUGCAUGGCAAGACUGGAUUCCUGUGUGAACCGAAAGAAGAGGUCUGGGCCAGCACACUUCAGACUGUGCUCGAAAAAUCGGAUCAGGAGCUGAGAGAAAUGGGGGAGGCAGGACAUGAUCGCGUGGUUGGCCUGUUCUCUUUGGCGGCGUUCGUUUCAAAACUGAACGGGAUUCUGCUUCAACUGCAACAGGGAUCGGCGGCGUUGGAAUCCUAUGGCAUGUUUGGAGCUCUGCGGCCGUUAUUUGUCUUUACUACAGUGACCAUCGCCUUAUCCAUCAUACUUUAUCAUUACGCACAGUAAAUACACCCGAAUCGGUAGCGCACGCUCUUAAAAGGGCUAGCUUGAAGGAGUGAUUGGGUCC